AUGAACAUAAACGUAUCGGAUCUGACGGAUAUAGCGCUCCAGAUCAUGGGCUACAAAAUGUACGAUCCGAACGGCAUUCCAGUCGAUGCGCUGGAUGCGAUCGUAAAGUAUCAGCCUGCAAAGGAGAACACCGGCAAGGCGAAAAGUGCGAAGCGGAAAGUGUCCAACACACCGACACAAACCCAGGAACAGUUCCUGGUACAGUUCGGGCUGCCCAACUUUGACACCGUGCUGGAGAACCCGAAACAGUACGUCGAGUCGCAGAUGGCCACAUUUUCCCAGCAACAGCAGGAACGCUUGGUAACGAUGCGUACGGAGGAUGAUGUCGUGAAAUCGUCGCUGAAAACAUUGCGCGCAGCAAUCGGGAGACAGGUCGCUAGGGAGAAGCCAGUGUUAACGCAUAAAAUGAACAAAAUCUACUCGGCGCUAUGUCAGGCGGAUAAGGCGGAACUGCUAGCCCGUACGCAAUAUGAUGUUAACGUAGCGGAUCACGUUCUGCUGAAGCAAGGGAUAUUGUUACACGAGUUCAACAUGCUGCUGCAGCUGCUGAAACAGAUCAUGGAGGACCUGUCCGACAACUAUUCCCAUUAUGAUUUUGCCUUUUAUUUGCUACAGAAACUGUACGAACAAAUGUAA